AUGGGUCGCUGGGACUCCACAUCGCCUACACGAGCGCGCUCGCGGUCUCCACGCGAUAACAGCGGGAGGGAAGGUGGCAGUAACACACGGGACGAUAGGCGAGAUAGGGAUAGGGAUGGGAGGAGGAAAGGCAGUAGAUGGGAGGAUGAGGAUAAGGAUAGGGAUAGGAAUUAUCGUGACCGGGAGGAUAAGGAGAGGAGGAGGGUAGUUGGUCAGGGUAGGGAGAAGGACGGUGAUAAGGAUAGGGAGAGGCGGAGACGGGAUGAUGGUGGUAGUUCAAGAAGGGACCGGGACCGGGAUAGAGAAAGAGACAGAGACCGCGGGGGUAGGGAUAAGGAAAGAAACCGAAGCCGCGAUAGAACUCGAGAUCGAAAAGACCGACAUCGCGACGACGACGGCGGCGACGGCGGCGACGGCAAACGAAAACAGCAAUCCAAAAACCCCUCCCAAGAACCAGAAGAAGAAGCACCCCCCAAAGAAGCCCCAAACUUCAACCGCACAACCCACUUAGUCUCCGAAACAAAUACUUUCAACGGCGUAGUCCUAAAAUACGUCGAACCCCCCGAAUCCCGCCUUCCCCCUUCGUCAAUAACCUACCGUCUCUAUGUUUUCAAAUCCUCGGAAAUUCUAGAAACAAUAACUUUAUCAACCCGUACUGCAUGGCUAUUCGGACGUGAUAGAUUGGUGGCGGACGUCCCCAUCGAUCACCCUAGUGCUUCGAAACAACAUGCCGUCAUUCAGUUUAGGUUUGUAACUAAGGUUAACGAGUAUGGAGAGAGGGAAGGCGGCGUUAAACCUUAUGUUAUCGAUUUGGGAAGUGCGAAUGGGACGACAGUUAAUGGGGAGACUGUGCCUGAGAAGAGGUACUUUGAGUUGAAGGAGAAGGACAUUAUUGGCUUUGGGCAUAGUAGUAGGGAGUAUGUUCUUAUGAUUGAGAAAUAG